UUUUAAUUAAUUUUUACCAUGUUCGACUUUAAGAUCACCCAAAAAAGUAGUUCAACGAGGGAUAUGGCCUCUCAGUAUGAAGGAGAGCUUGUGAAACUACUCUGUUUGCCACUGGACUCAUCUCAACGUCAGUUAGCAAUCCCUAAUAUAGUCCAGUAUUGGUACCCAGCUCUCUUUUAUAACGGUGAAGUAGACCAGAACGCAAUGUUUAUAAAUCAGAAGAAAGAUAAGAAACCAUUGAACCAGAUCAAUGCUGCCCUCAACUCGAAUGUGCAAACUAAUUAUGGAGACCAUACUGAGGGUGGCAGCUUUGAAGUCCUCACUGAUGUGCUUGGGUCUGAGACGGCUGGUAAACAAUUAACAAAAUCAGGAAGCAAGAAGAAUAAACCACAAGAAAGUUAUCCUCAAAAGAACGAUUCAGUUGUUGUGGCAAAGCUUGAGGAUAUGCCAAUUGAUAUGCAAAGAAAGAAGGGUCUUCUCGGGCUUCAAUUCAAGAUCUAUAAAACUAUCAAUCCAAAAACCAAAAGGUUAUGAACCAAGUAUGUGUGCACACAUGAUGGAUGAAACAAGCAAUGUGAGAACAAAUGGUCUUUCCUUGAUCAUAACAGACACCAUACUGGCUACAGGCCUUAUAAAUGAGAUGUAUGUGAGAAGAGGUUCACUCAGAGAGGUAACCUCAGACAGCAUCUGCUGAUCCACAAAUAA